AUGGCUUACUUGCGGGGCGGCGGGCACGACCCGGCCAUCCUGGUCCAGCUCCUCCGCCUCCAGGCGGAGGCCACGGCGCUGGAGAAAGGGGCUGCGGAGCCACGCAGGGGCAGGAGGGCAGAACCCCCCGGCGCGGGCCCAGGGGGCCUGGAUGUGGCACUGCUGGCCGUGGAGCUGGAGAACCAGCGGCUGGAAGAGGAGCUCCUGGCACUGAAGGUCAGGAGGGAGAGGAGAGCCAACGCCGGCUCGCAGGUGGCCCAGUGGCACUCAGCAGAGCUGGCCCAGCUCCAGGCAGAGGUGGGGAUGCUGCGAUGCCACAUGGAGCAGCCGCGGCCAUGGCUGCUGCCCCCCGCCAUUCUCCCACCCCCCGUGGCUCCCCCGCUCCCACCAGCCCUGGCCGCACCGGAGCUUUUCCAGGUAAGAGCCUUGUCCCAGGGAUGUUCCCAGGUCUCCAGUGCUCUGGAGGACCCCCCGCCUCCCACUCGGGAGCCCCCGCUGCAGCACAAAGCUGCCCGAAGGUGA